UUUCAUCAUUCAGUUCUUUUUGUCUUUGAUGUCACCGUUCUGACACCGAUCAAAGGAAACACGGUUCCAUUCCACUGUGACGUCAGCCAUUAUAAUAUGCACUCUGAGAUCCGUUUGUAAACCUCAGCUGCUGCCCGUCGUUUCCCUCAGAGCGGUCAGUGCAGCACAGUAAAGAUGUUCAGAAGUGCCUCAGCACAGAUUUUCAGACAGGCGGUGAGAUAUGCGAGCACAGACACCAGCCUCAUCCUGGAAAGAUCGAUAAACAAAGUUCAGCUGUUAGGCCGAGUGGGUCAGGACCCUGUGAUGAGACAAGUGGAUGGUCGAAACCCCGUCACCAUCUUCUCUGUAGCAACCAACGAAAUGUGGCGCUCUGGAGACGGAGAGACGAGCCCGACAGGUGACAUCAGUCAGAAGACGACGUGGCAUCGCGUGUCCGUGUUUAAGCCUGGUCUGAGAGAUGUAGCGUAUCAGUACAUCAAGAAAGGGUCCAGGAUUUUAGUGGAGGGUAAACUGGACUAUGGGGAGUACGUGGACAAGAACCAAGUGAGACGGCAGGCCACCACCAUCAUCGCAGACAACAUCGUUUUCCUCAGCGACAACAUCCGAGACCGAACCUGAAGGACGUCUCACCUCAACCUCAAGACUACUUCUUUUUGUAUUUACUUGUUUAUACCAAAAACAACUCUGAGGACCCGAACGCACCCGAGACCAGGAACUGAUUAGCCAGAGAGGAGGGGGACAGAUUAUCCUGUGACACCCUGAGGAGCGUCCUGCAGACUCUGAGGUGUCCGGAGAAGCAAAAAGGGCCCACGUGUAGUUUAAAACAUGUCCUUAUUCUGGUUUUGAUUGUCCUUCAUGUAUAUAACAGUUUAAAAGCUACAGUUUGUACCUCUUUUUUGGUUUGUACGCAGGUUUUAUGUGUGAGAAUGUUUGGAGGAAAUACACUGUAAAAGUUUCAUGGUCUUUCUUUAACUCUCUGGUAAAGACGUCUCUUGAAGCUAAACACAUCAAGAGUGGUUUAACUGUAAUUUACAGGUCUCAAACUAUCACCUGGUUGUCUGAUUGAACCUGUAAGACAGUUUAAGUUCUUGUUUCAUGCUCUAAAGUUGGAGCUUCAUUCAGUCUGGGUUUCAUCUUAUUUCUAAUCAUAGCUCAGUUUUCUAUCAGUUCAGCCAAAUCAAAGAAAAGGUGUUUAAUUUUACAUCAUUGUCAUCCAAUAAAAACCAUCUCCAAAA